AUGGCCAGCGACGGCUACGACCGCAUGAGCGAGACCGACGAGCGGCGCAGCAGCUUCUCGUACAGCCAGCCCGGCGCCUCGUCGGCCGGCGGCGUCGACGGCUUCACGCGCAGCUCGAUCCUCGACCGCGAUAUCGUGGCAGCGCCCGUCGACCACGCGGUGCCCAUCCCGCCCAAGGCCUUCAAGGGCCGCAUCCGCGUGCGUAGCGCUGGCCCGGCGUGCUGCUCUUGCUCGUCAUGAUUGGCGGCUCGGUUGCAGCCAUCGUGCUCUUGGCGCGGUACUUUCACGGCCAGGCGCAAGCGCGGACGACCGACGUGCAGAAGCGCCUCGCCAAAGAGCGC